AUGGAGGUCGACACCGUCACCAGAUAUCGUUCCCGCAUUCUUAGAGAAAUGAAAGCAAACCGCGAUAACCCAUUCAACUCCCCGCCAUCAUCCACCGGUUCUCACGGCACCGUCAGCCCAACAGUUUCUUCCGUAUUUUCUGACCCAGACGGCGAGUCUACACGGAGACUCAACGAGGACAUUGCUCGCGUUACUGCUCCUCGCAACCUACCCGUCAAUUGGGAGGCUGCCCACCGCAAGUGGCCCGAGUUCUUUGGUGCUCCCAAGACACGCGAAGUGCCCGUUUACGACGACGACACUGACACUCGACCUAUGAGCGCCGAGUCAAAGGAGAACAAGCCUCCUGCUAUCAAGUUCCAGAUCGACGACAUUACACAAAACACCUGGCAAGGUUCCGCUAGAACGCGUUCCGAGAUGCAGCCUCGUGUCGAUAACGAGUCCGACCUGUCAUCAAUACUCUCCAAGUCUCCUGCACGAGCACACUCCUACCAAUCUUGGAACAAGAACACACAUAACCCCAGCCCACUAUCCAAGGUCCACAACCGAGUCUCGUCCGAAUCAAUGGUUGGCGAACAGCAGCAAAGAGAAUCUCUAUCAGAUGCGCUAGACCGUCUACGCAGAGGGGCAAGAAGCCCUGAUCUUCAAGACCAAGACCAGCAAAAGUCAUCACCGCAUAUGUCUUCUGCCAAGUCCAGCCUGACAGCUGUACCCCCAUCACCUGUAUCUAUCGCUAGCCCUGCCCACAAUGAGAGCAAUGCCCGCUCUUUCUUCAUGCCCGACAUCUCCCAUCUUGGUGAUUUCGUCGAUGGCACACUUCGAUUCACCGGCUCAAUGAGAAACGGCGUUCCCAUUUUUGUCAAGAAUGGCAGGGUUCAUGAUCGUUUUGAGAAGCCAUCUCUCGCCGCUCAUGCUGAAGUUGACGAAGUUGAUGUGCCUGAAGACGAAGAGAAAAUCUUUGUGUCGAUGGACAUGAUCCGUGACGAGAUAAACUCUCUUCAAGAGCACUACGAUAAGGUUCACGAAUAUGCCGAGAACCUGCAGCAACAGGUUGAGCGACUGGAGGCUCAGCUUAAGUCGCGAAAGUCCUUCGACAAAGACUACGACUCUUCUCGAGCCAAUGAGAAUCUUGUGGCCCAAAAGAACCGUUUGGAACUUGAAAUCUCUACUCUUCAAUCCCGCUUAGAACAGGCUUCCCGUAAGAACACCUUGAACGAGAUUGAGAAUGACUCGUUGUCUCAAGAACGAGACCGUGCCGUGAGGAAGCUACAAGAAGCAUGUGAAGAUAUUAACAAGCUCAUGCGUAAGCUCAACACGAAGCAAAAGGAGCUGGAGACAACGCACAAACAACUUGAGUCAACAGAUCAGAUCCGUACUGAAAACGACACUCUCAAACGGGAUUUGAUGUCUAUAAAACAUGGACGCGACUCACUGGAGUCUGAGAACAAGACACUGUCAGCCGCCAAUGAGACCCUUCGUAAGGAUUAUGAGGCCUUGAAGGAGGAAAUUGAGUCCCUUCGCAGUGACAACGGUGCCAGACACGGUCACCAGUCCUUGAUCAAUGAGAACCGUUCACUACGAACAACAAACAAAGCUCUUGUCGAUGAGAAUGAGGUACUGCGCGAAAACCUUGACGAGGCCCAGCAUGAACUCGAUGCUGCCAAGGAAGAGAUCGAGAACCUGCAGCAAGAACUCCAGAAUGCAUCACAGGAUAAGUCAUCGCUUGGCGAGGACAAUGCAAGCCUGGUGCGACACAACGAAAAGUACUUUGAGGAGAACAAGAUCCUUCGACGUGAGAACUCCGGAUUCGAACGAACUACGCGUGAUCUUCAUGACAAAAACAAGAAGCUCAAGGAGGAGGUGGUUUUCCUGAAGGAGCAACUAGAAUCCUACCGUCCGGUCCCCAAGGAAGACUUCUCUGCCCGUCUUGAUGAUGAGACUGAGGAGAACAUGACAUCGGCUUUCAUUCCUGACAUUACCAUGAACAGCACCGAUAAUGUUGAUACUGCCGAGAACGCGCAAGCCACCCAGACCAAGGAGAUUACCGGGCAGACCGAUGAUAGUAUCAGAUUGCCGACUCUUCCUGAUAUCACGGAGGAGGAAACUCGUACCCACACCAAACGCGACAGCACUGUUCAAAGCGAAACUAGGCAAUCGCAGAGCAAGACUAAGAACUCCAAAUCUGGCACACAACAAAAGGUUGCCUUCUCCAUCCCUGGAACGACGUCAAAGAAGAGCAGUUCCAAUGUCGCCAACCAAGGAAGCAAGCGUCGAACAACAUCCGAUUCUAAGAGGCGAAGCUCUUUGAAGGGUAUUGCAACUUACACCUACGACAUGGACACAGUAGAAGACAACGACGAGACGACUGGUGCUCAAUCAGUUGAGAACACCACACAGGAUAACGAUUACUCGACACAACUGGACGUUGUUCCCUUGCCACGUAAGGAGGCCAAGGGAACAGAGCAGAAGCAGAAGCAGUCGAACACUAAGGACUUGACUGUUCAAAGUCAAAAGUCUCAGCACUCUCGAUCCCAUUCGCGGUCUUCACGCAAACAGGUUACGACUGAUAUCACGGCUAACAGCAUCAAGAGCGACAAGGAUGCCUGCCCUGUUCUCUCUAAUGAUGCCAGGAGAGUUCUUGACGAUCUCUGCGAGCACGAAUGCAAAAACUGCACAGUUUGCAGUCGCAUUACGUCUCACCGUGGCAUCUUUUCUUCCGCUGAUAUUGUUGCCGGUAAGAAGCGUGUUACCAUUCGACGACCUGUCCCUGUCACGGAUCGUGACCUCUCAGUCGAGGAUCCUACUAUGCGACCUUCUCAGCACCCUGGCCAUGCGCUCGCUGUAGUCAUCAAGGGCUUGGAGGAUGAGUCUCACCAUCUCCAACUCGAGCUUACCCGCAUUCAAGCCAAGUACAGCGGCCGGGACAAGGCUUUGGGUCGCCGUGAUCGUGUGAGCCUUGCUGAAAGCAUUCGUACACUGCUCAAGCAACUUGAGGCGAAGAAUGACCAGAUCUACAGCCUGUAUGAUGUCCUUGAAGGCCAGAAGGCCGCUGGCCAGGCCAUGUCGGAGGAGGAGAUUGAGCUGACUGUGCUCAACAUCACGGGCAUGACAGUCCGCGAUGCCACAAGUCACAGCGACCAACUUACUUGGGAGGGUAUCCCUGAGUUAUAA